AUGGUUCCCGUGUGCUGGCUGCUAGUGCAGUUGCUGCAGCUGGUGCAGCUGGUGGCAGCUGGGAAGUAUCCCAGCUUUCAGGUGGCGAUGAACGACAUCGACUUCGUCGCGCCUGAUGUGGCGUACGUCGGGGACUCGCUGUGUGAUUGCCGUGCAAAAUGCCUGGUGCAGGAGCAGUGCACGGCGGCGACGUACGAAAAGCUCUCGUCUACGUGCAGCCUGUCGUACGCAAGUCAAUGCGAGACCGAAGUACAGAACAAGACCGGCGUCGUGGGGCUCUUCAAGUACGACACGGUCAUCAGGGACGUGUUCAUCACCAAAACCCGCACAAGUAACGGGUCUCUUGCCAACCAGCAGCGGCUGUGCAGGGCAGAGGGCGGCGAGCCUCUCGUCAUCAAGACGAAGCAAGUCAGAGACAAGGCCCUGCAGCUCGUCUUAGCGUUUGGUACGUCCAACGGUCAAAUGCCUGAACUCGUGGCAUGGAUCAGCGCCUACAACUACGGCACAGCCUACGUCUGGCCCAACGGCAAACCCAUCUCUAACUGCGCCUCAGCAAGCGGAGAUCUCAACGCUUUCCAUAACGCGGACGGUCCCGCAGCGAUGCUGUCUUCUGACAACAUCAUCGUGCGCACCGCCGUCACGAAAGCAUUUAGUUACCCCGUACUCUGCCACAGAUAUUAG